AGUUUCAGAGCUUUCUCCCACUUAAACAAUAGAAAAAUAAUCAAUUAGUUAAAACUCAAUUUAUUCUUCUCUGAAAACUCAUGCUCCCCAUCUGCAAUAUAUAUAUAUAUAUAUAUAUAUAUUCUUGCAUUCCCACCAAACUGACCAAAGAGCCUUAUCUUUUUCAAACCCAUUACAUCUCCUUUCAACUGUUGAAACUAUAUUUUAUUGGGGCUUCUUUAUUAAUUUCUCAUAUUUUACAUGUUCAAGUACCAUUAGCAGUGUUUUUAAAAUUAUUAUAGAUAUUCAACCUCAUGUUCUUCCCAUCUAUAUAAGCAUACCCUUUAACAACCGUACAACGUUGUAUCAACAUUUGGUUCAUUUCCAUAUAGUAUGGUUCAAGAGGUAGACCAGAGCUUCUUCGUUAACUUGUUUUCAUGACACUGAAAAUUUAAGAGGGUGCCAGUGUACCCAGAUUGUACACAGAGUAACACAAAGCUGAGGUUUGUUCCAAAUUUGGCUCUAUUUUUUGCAUUUUAAAAAAAGACUUGCAGGCAAAUAUUUUCAAUCUAUUGGCUCCUCUGCCAUUUUAACUUGGCUGGCAGCUGCUGGAUCUGGAAUCAUAUAAUUGGCUUAAGGAUCAAUGGAUAGUUUGGGGUGGGAUAACUCACAAGUCCUCACAAAUACUUCACCCUUGUGGAGCAAUCCACAACAUGCAUCACCCUUGUGGAGCAAUCAAGAAAAUGAAGAAAACUUGAAUAUUGCCUCCAAUUCAAAUUCUUGCCUUUUCGGUCGCAAGAUGGAUCUCACCGAAGACAUCUUCAAUCAAUUUCAAGACCUCCAAAAGCGCCAAGAGGCUACAAGGAUAGCUGAAAUUUCAGUUGCUACAAAAUCAGGAGCUGAAAUGAGUUGGAGAGAUGCUUCAACUCAAGAAUUAUACUCUUCUCUUUCGAUCGACAAGCCUUACGCCAUAACUACUCCUACCAUCACUGGUUUUAGCAUGAGUAUUAAUCAAUCAAGAAUCAUAAAUAGCCUACCAAAUGGAAAGGCUGGUGUUUCAGUGGCAGGUUCUCUUGAGUCUUUCGAUUGCUUGCUCUCAGCAACUAAUAGCAACACCGACACAUCAUUAGAAGACGAUGGGAUUUCCAUGAUCUUCUCUGAUUGCAGAAACUUGUGGAAUUUUGGUGCUAACAGUGCGGUUUCAUCUGGAGAGUCUGAGAACAAUACUUCCAAUGCAAGAAACAAAGAAAUGCAUUGCCGGCUAAUUAGCGAGCUUGAUGAAGCUUUUUCCCAGAGUUCUUCAGAUAAAAAAAGUUCACCAACGAAGCCUGUUUCUAUAAAGAGAAGUAACGAUCGAAGUGAGCUCAAAGUGGGUGCCAAUAACAAGUAUCCUCAUUUUGAUCUUCUCCAAACUGAUUGUUCUACUUCAGAAGGUGGUUUUAGGCUUAUUUCAGAGAACCCAUCAAAGCCAAAGAGAUUCAGAUCGGAUAAGCCUCCAGGGUCAUCAAACAUCAAUUUUCAGCAGCCUAGUUCAUCGGCGUCUGCUUCUAUUGAGGAGGUUGAUCCAGAAGCCAUUGCACAAAUGAAGGAGAUGAUUUAUAGAGCUGCAGCUUUUAGGCCAGUGAAUUUUGGCUUGGAAGUGGUGGAGAAGCCAAAGAGGAAGAACGUUAGAAUAUCAACUGAUCCUCAAACAGUGGCGGCCAGGCAAAGGAGGGAGAGGAUAAGCGAGAGAAUUAGGGUUUUGCAGAAUCUGGUCCCAGGAGGAAGCAAGAUGGAUACUGCAUCAAUGCUUGAUGAGGCUGCAAACUACCUCAAGUUCUUAAGGUCACAAGUCAAGGCACUAGAAAAUCUUGGCCACACGCUUGAUUGUCCACCAACGAACAUUGCUUUCUCUUCUUUACCAUUCAAUAACCACUCUUUUCCCAUGCAAACUCAUACCUUUGCACUCCAAAACCCAAAUCAUGUUCACCACCCUCAGAGUUGAAAAGCUAAUUAAAAAAAAAACCCAAUAGUAAUGGAUCCUUUAUCAUGGUACUCAUCAUCAUCACUCCCAUAUCCAAUGAUUUGAUUAAGGAUCCAAAGCCCAUUUUCUAGCCUGAAAACAAGUACAAAAGCUAAUCCAAUAUCAUUACCAUAAUCUUGAUCAUCAUUAUAUUCCUGUGACCCAGAGUUAAAAGCUUUCUCUAAUGAUAGAUUUCCUAAUUAAUACCAUCAUCAUUACAUCCACCUUCCAAGACCCACAAGGGAAAAGAGUUUCGUGCAGUUAGUAUUUCCUCUACUGCUUUUUGCUGCUUCCACUAUAGUAAACAAAUUGAAUGAAAAUGUGGGAGAUAGAAAAAUGAUAGUGGAAAUAGAGAAUAAAAAUGAUAGUGGAAAUAGAAAAAACUGGGAAGGAAGUGGUUCAGGUAUCAUUGCCUUGUCUACAAAAAAGGCAUAGCAAUUAUAACGCCUAUGAUUAAGAUCAAGGGCUAGAAAGUGACUAUCACUUUAGCUUGUUUUGCUAUAGUUUGUUUAAUGUAUCCAAUGUACUUAAAGCUCACCUUUCUUGGAGAUCUUUAUGAUGUUUUUUAAUGAAAUUUGUUAGCUGACCAAUGCAAGAGACAUUCUCUUAA